AGGCCAAAUCAAUUUCUCAGUAAUCCUAAGAGAAGCAAAUGGCUAGCUCAAGGUUUUAUGCCUGUUUGGUGCUACUAUUAUUGCUUUCAUUUCCAUGGUCUGAAACUCGUCCUCUUACUCCAUAUAUAGAGGGGAGGAACUUAAUUGCUUCAAUUCAACCAAUAGCCGCUAAGGAGGCUCUGAACAAUAGAAAGGUAAAUGGAUACAACAACAAGAGCCUGCAUGAUUCAAAACGGACGACUCCUGGUGGCCCUGAUCGCAGAUAUCCUUAGUCAAGAAUUUCUAGAAAUAAUCAAGGAUUCUCCGGAACAAAGAAAAGAUUCUGCAAAUGCUACAUUGCUGGUAGUUUUGGUUGCAUCCUGGCAUCACAUUUUGCAUCAGUUUCGUAAAUUUUUUCUUUUUCUCUUGAAUGCUUGCAGGCUAGAUGAUUUUCAUAUUUCUUCUUCGUUCCUUUGGUUUUCCUUUACCGUUUUGGAAUCCCUUGUGCUUUGCAGUUAAUAAACGAAAGUGACGUGU